UGCAUCGUUAUCCAUUCGCGAUGAAAUACAUAAUUUUGAGCUGCUUAUUGCUGCACGUAUUUGUGUCAGCAGCAUUGCCACCUAUUUCGUUCCUGCGGGCAUGUGCGCAUGAUCACUUGAACCGCGACCGGACCACUCAGUGUAAAAUACAGAAACUACAAAUCGAUGGAAACCUGCCCAACAUUGAGGAAUACAUGAAGUGCAUUUUCAUGGGAUACCGAUGGUUCCCGAACCGGAGGAAGCCCGUUGAUGUGGGUAAGCUUGCCACCGACAUAGGAGCUCCGAAGGAUCAAGUGCAGAAAGUGAUCGAUCGUUGCGAAAAGGAUUCUAGGAACGAUGCUGGUGCCAUGGACUUUUUUGUUUCAUUGUUACGCAGCUCUGAAACGAAGGCAGCUUUCAAUAAGUUCCUCCAAGAGAGGGAGGCAAAAUUCUUCAAGGAUAAGCUUUGCGAUUGAAUAUGCGAUUUAUUGUAGUUUGUUUUAGCUUUGAUUGCUUAUUUACAGCUUAACAAAUUUAAUAAAUAGUUGGAGGAUUAAAUUACUGCUAUUUAGCUCUACUAUGCCAGCUCCUUCAUUUUCCUUCAAUUUCAGACAA